GAUAUUUGAAAUCUGAAAAUGGGUAUCUUUCCUGUUGUUUUCUUCUGUUUGUUUUUUGGGUCGAGUUUGAAAUGUUGAUGGACUCGGUCAGGAGGUAGGAAGAGAGAAAAAUACCUGCUUUGUUUGAAAAUUGGAAAGGAGAGACAGGGAGAGAGGGACCACUGCUAAUAACCCGUAUUUGAGAUUGUUCUUUUGCUUCAUUUUUUCACUUCCUCAUUGUCCUAUGGAUUGUAACUCUUGCAUACCAAAACCCCCUUUACUCCAUUAGUCAAUCCAUUGCUGCUUCUUGCCCCCCUCUCCUCUCCUUUUCUCUUUUAAAUACAAAUCCCAAUGUUUUUGGCCCAUGACCUAUGACCCAUCACUAAUUUCUUUUUCGAUUAAGAAUUGGAAUGAAACAAAGAGUGGAUCAGCUUCAUUUGAAAACCUUUCAAGGGUGUGUGGUUUGUGGACUGCCGUAGUUCUUACUAACAAAGGAAACAACUUUUGUCUUCCAUGACUGUUAGGGAGAAGCCAAGAUGCUUGGGGGAUUUUAGAACGUGCCAAGCCCUGUGAUCGCAGGACGUGUGACUCUCCAGUUAUGCCCAGCCAAAGUGAUUCUACCUCUAAAGUUCUGCAUUCUAAGGUGACCUAUGACAAUUCAAAAACCCAGCUAGAUCUUGCAGAUGAAGUCUGGAGCAACAGCUCUUCAUUGGAGGCAAACAAUGUGAAUGAAGAGGCUGGAAGUUUUGCAUCGUGCAUUAGAAGCAGCAAUCCUUAUCCUUAUAGAAUCCAACUUGAACGGGAUGUACGGAGAUUACAACAGCAGUUGCAAGAAGAGAUGGAAAUGCAUGCUAUUCUGGAAAAUGCUAUUGAGAGAAAUACAGUAAAAUUAUCUAGUGCAUCAUGCCUCCCACACAAUUUUGAACAAGCUCAGGAGCUUCUGUCCACUAUUGCAGUACUGGAGGUCACAGUUUCAAAGCUUGAACAAGAGAUUGUUUCUUUGCAUUUCCAACUAAGUCAAGAGAGAAAUGAGCGAAGGCUUGCUGAAUAUCGUUUGAGGCAGUCAGCUUGUCAAUCAUUAUCUGCUUACUCAUUUGAUAGCAUGAAAGAAGAGAUUUCUUCUUCUUCUUCAAGGAGUCUGAAGCAUUCAGAUUAUGAACUGCACCAAUCAGAGAAGAAUAACUCAUGUAAACACCAAGCAUCUGAAUCUACUGGUGAAACAUCUAGUGCUCAGUCUUUGAUGGAGGAUUCAAUGAAGGCACCAGAGCUUUUCCAGGAGAAGAAAGUAUCCGUGCAGACAGAUGCCAAACCCACUCAACCUGCAGAGCUCAUGAGGCUUCCAAAAGGAAUGCCUCCUAAGGGCCUUUGGGACUGCCCUAAUCAACUUUCAGAGGAGAUGGUAAGAUGUAUGAAAAAUAUUUUCCUGUCCCUGGCAGAUUCUGCUGUGCCAUCCAUGUCCUCUGCUUUAGAGAGCCAAUCCUCACCUGUGUCACCGAGAGGACAUCUGUCCAGUUCAUCAUGGUGGUCUUCAUCUGAGCGCUCAAUGAUUUCAUCAUGGGUGCAGAGCCCCCGGAUUGAUAUACAAAGUAACUCUGAAGUGUUGGCAUUGGGCAGUGUCUUUGAUCCCUACAAAGUGCAUGGCAAAUUGAGUUGGGCAGACAUUGGAAACUAUGUUUUAGCAACUGAAGUUUCUUGGAUGUCAGUUGGAAAGAAGCAACUAGAAUAUGCAUCGGGGGCAUUAAGGAAAUUCAGAACACUUGUUGAGCAACUUGCCAAGGUGAACCCUAUCCAUUUGAGCUCUAAUGAGAAGCUUGCUUUCUGGAUCAAUCUGUACAAUGCUUUGAUUAUGCAUGCGUACUUGGCAUAUGGAGUCCCAAGGAGUGACUUGAAGCUCUUCUCGUUGAUGCAAAAGGCUGCAUACACUAUUGGAGGACAUUAUUUUAGUGCAGCUGCCAUUGAGUAUGUGAUUUUGAAGAUGAAACCACCUCUCCACAGGCCACAAAUUGCUUUACUUCUUGCCCUUCACAAGUUGAGGCUAUCAGAGGAACAGCAGAAGUCUGUGAUUGAUGCACAUGAACCUCUUGUAGCAUUUGCCCUAAGCUGUGGAAUGUACUCAUCACCAGCAGUAAGGGUGUUCACUGCUAAGAAUGUGAGAGAAGAACUUCAAGAAGCUCAACAUGAUUUCAUUCGAGCUUCAACUGGAGUUAGCACCAAGGGGAAGCUUUUGGUGCCGAAAAUGCUCCAUUGCUUUGCUAAAGGCUUUGUGGACGAUACGAAUUUGGCAGUGUGGAUAUCACAUUACCUUCCACCGAAUCAGGCUGCCUUUGUAGAGCAAUGCAUUUCACAAAGGCGACAAAGCCUUCUUGGCUCACGUAAUUGUGGCAUUCUUCCCUUCGAUUCUCGUUUCCGUUACCUUUUCCUGCCCGACAAAACUCCACUUCGAUGAUGAUGUUAAUACUAACAGCACCUAAAAUCUGCCUGUAUCUGGGAAAUUCAAUACAGGAUUAAUGUUAGGUUCCAAAUGUUGCUAACAUAAUUAGGUUGCAUCCCCCUGUUAAUGACGCGACCUUUCUUGAUAACAGUGAGGAUGGAAGCAGUUUUUAUGAAUGGUUCUUGCUUACAAACCUGCUA